AUUUUGUUAUCAGACUCUCUCUUUUUCUCUCUCCCUUCGUGGUACCCCAUAGCUAUAGUCUUCCACCAAGCCGUCUUUCUAAUCUUUUUUUCAGAUCUCUUCGUUACUUUGUGUAACCAAAGAAUCAUGGCAGCUCUCAAGUUCGUCUAUGGAUCUCUUUUCUUCUGUCUUAUACUCGCAAUAUCUCCAUCUUUCUCAUCCUCCAGUUUCAUUUCUGAUGGUGUGUUUGAAUCUCAAGCUUUGAUUACUGGAAGAACCCUACUUCAGACCAAGAAAACAUGUCCAGUGAACUUCGAGUUUAUGAACUACACAAUCAUAACAAGCCAAUGCAAAGGUCCCAAAUUCCCACCAAAGGAAUGCUGCUCUUCUUUUUUGGAGUUUGCUUGUCCUUACACGGAAGAUAUCAACGACCUGGCCAAUGACUGUGCCACCACUAUGUUCAGUUACAUCAAUCUCUAUGGGAAAUACCCGCCUGGACUUUUCGCUAACCAGUGCAAAGGAGGUAAAGAAGGUCUCGAGUGCCCUGCUAUGCCUCCCGGUUCAGCAUCAGACGUGAACGCAGCAGCCAUCACCACUUCUUCUUCUCCUCUUUGGCUGACUAUUUUUGCAGCUUUAUUGGUGUGUGUUAAGUUGUUAUGAGGCCAAGAAAGGCAGAUGUCUGUGUAAUGUAAUAGUAACAAACUGAGGAAAGGGAGUGUUUGUAUGCCCACGAUUUGUUUUAUUUGUAUCAUUCUUUUGAUUUUAGGAAACUUCAAAACCUUCUAA